GCUCCAGGGGCCCUGGGGACCUCAGUCGCCUGCCCCACCCCGGCGAUGGGCUCCGAGGCCACGCAGCUAGUGGAGGCUGCCGACUUCGCAGCUCGCAAGCACCGACUGCAGCGGCGGAAGGACCCCGAAGGGACACCCUACAUCAACCACCCUAUCGGUGUGGCUCGGAUCCUGACCCAUGAGGCGGGAGUCACUGACAUUGUGGUGUUACAGGCAGCGCUGCUCCAUGACACAGUGGAGGACACAGACACCACCCUGGAUGAGGUGGAGCUGCACUUCGGGGCACAAGUGCGGCGCCUGGUGGAGGAGGUAACAGAUGACAAGACUCUGCCCAAGCUGGAGAGAAAGCGGCUGCAGGUGGAGCAGGCUCCCCACAGCAGUCCCGGGGCUAAACUGGUGAAGCUGGCAGACAAGCUGUACAAUCUGAGGGACCUGAAUCGCUGCACCCCAGAGGGAUGGUCUGAACAUCGAGUCCAGGAAUACUUCGAGUGGGCGGCGCAAGUGGUGAAGGGGCUUCGGGGAACAAACCGACAGCUGGAAGAGGCUCUAAAGCAGUUGUUUAAGGAGCGGGGGCUGACACUCUGAGCAGUGCUUGCAGCCACCAGGUGGCCCAGACUUCAGCCUCCUCCGGCCAGAAAGGAAUCAUAUUCCAACCUUUUGGUGCCUCUGGAUCUCACUCCCUGAUUUAUUCAGCCCAGAUAUCUCUCAAUGUUUCCUGCCAACUAAGCUGAGCCCUGGAUUGAGGAAAUCAGAUGCAGCUCAUCCAUCUCUAACGCAUUUACUGCCCCUUCUCCUUGGGUCUCUGCUAUUUUGCAUGGGCCAAAACCCUGCCCCCCUCCCCCCCCCCGGGACUUGGGCUUAUAUAAACACGCAUAAGUCAUUAUGGAAAAUAAAACAUUUUGGGUAAAGUUUUAA